AUGAGUAAGGAACAACAGCCCAAGGAGUACCAGUCGCAACCAACAGACUAUACCCCGGUGGUGUUGACUGAAUCACCUGUCAUGGGAGACGUUAAACAAGAUAGAAGGCUUAGCGAUGAAUGGGAUGCUUCUAAGGUUCCCCCCAGCCGAUUCCAGAAACGCAAAGGCUCCAUAUACGCAACACCAAACUCCCGCGACGGUCAUAUUGACCGGAACUAUGCCGACAAAUACCACGCUAAAAUCGCCGAGAUGAAGCGCGGCAAGUAA